CACUGACUGCUCUCUCAUCCUCACACACUCUCACUCGCUCAAGCACACACAUAUUCACACAAACCCAAACAAACACACUUUUCACUGCUCUCUCCCAUCUUGUAUCUCUGGAUGGCUGUCUCCAUGCGUGGCUUUCAGGUAUAGACACCUAUUGGUGUAAGUGGGUGUGCCAUGGCAGGGUGGAGGACUGUAGGGGCCACUAUGAUGGCUGUUGGACUGCUCAGCAUUCUCUGUGGAGUCCUGGCCUUCUUCCCUGCUGGGUCCUAUCACCCCUGGUUCAUCAGCUGGGAUGCCCAGAUCGCUGCCCCGGUCUGGACAGGAGCUCUGGCCACAAUAACAGGAGCCAGUGUUGUCACGGCGAACAGAGACCAAAACAGGAAGUCUUUGUGGGAGGUGGUCUACGUCUUUUCCAUCCUGACCUCUGUGACCUGUCUGUUGAUGUUUGCCGUUGCCACGGCAGCGGUGUUGACCGGACCACUGUGUUAUUACUCGUACCUCGGGGCGGUGGGGAUCGGGUACCUCUCCCACGCCGUCCGGUAUCCAUACCCCUACCGAGGCGGGCCGGGGCUGUGUCUGGACCCCCUUGGAGCAGAAUGGUACCACCUGGUCUUACACACCAUGGACCUGCUUACCAGCACCACCGUCUUCAUCCUCUCCCUCGGCAUCGUCGUCAUCCUUACCACACGCCUGCUGCACUCAGGGAAUGUGAACGUGAGAGGGUGA